AUGCUUCCUCACGUAUUACCUGAAAUUGCUAUACUUGAUUUACCAGAAGAUCAGUAUUAUUUCUUAUUAACAAUCUCUUCAUAUCUUAGCCCAAAUGAUGGUGAUCUUGCUCAAUUACCGUUUAUUACAGGUCAACCUGUAUUUCGUUCAAUGAUCUGGACUUUAUUCUAUCCCUUAUUCGUAACAACUUCACAACGUCAACAAUCUGAUAGCAGAUUCUAUCAAAUAUUACAAAAAGUUCAGAUAGGUAAUAUAUCUGCUGAAACAUGGCAGAUACUCAGUCAAAAACAUUCUGAAUUUUUAUCACGUUCAGCAAUCGAUACACUUCUCAACACUACUAAUAUUGUCAGCUUUAGAGAAAAUGCUCAGCAAAUUAAUUGA